AUGCAAGUAACCAUCCAAGCCCUCUGCCUUUUGUCGUCAAAUAGUUGCUUGCAUAAAGGUGUGCUAUCUGGUUUCGUUGCAUUUUCCACAGCUUGGAGGAUGAGUGUGAAUGAUUAUGCGAUUCUAAACAGCGGUUAUAAAAUUCCUCGGCUUGGCUUUGGAACCUUUGAAGCUGCCCCAGAUAUCGUUGCGGGUGCGGUCGACGUGGCUCUUAGUACCGGGUAUCGCCACAUCGAUUGUGCUAUGAGCUACGGCAAUGAGAAGGAAGUCGGUGAAGCAAUUAAGACAUCAUUAAAGAAAUAUAACUUAAAACGUGAAGAAAUUUUCAUCACUUCAAAGGCCAUGGAGGGAUUGGUGUCAGCUGGACUCGUCAAGUCAAUUGGUGUAUCUAACUUUAACAAAAGGCAAAUCGAACGCGUACUGUCGAUAUGUACGAUUCCGCCUGCAGUCAAUCAAGUUGAAGUAAAUAUUCACUUCCCAAACACUAAGCUGAUGGAAUUUUGUCACUCCAAGAAUAUUCAGAUUGAGGGUUAUGCACCCCUCGGCUCUCCUGCUUACCUUCAUAGGCUCACAGGUAAGACAAAGUCUCUGAUGGAGGAUGAGAAUGUUGUCGAAAUUGCGCACAAACACAACAGGACGCCUGCGCAAGUGCUACUACGCCAUGGACUCCAAAGGGGCGUUAUUGUCCUUGUGGGAUGUGUCAAUUCAGAGUUCAUCAAGUCUGAUUUUAAUGUGUUCGACUUUGAGCUAACUGACAUGGAAAUGGCGAAGCUUAACAAGACUGCUUCAGAGGGGCGCCUUAUUCAAUGGCCUGGUCAACUGGAGAUGUGUUACCUCUUCGUACGUACAAGUUUCGACGUUGACAAGACUACGGCUGAGCGUUUGGGUUUUCUAUCACCCAAAGAGGUUGUGACGCGAAGUGUUGAGGUGGCCAUGGAUGCUGGGUUUCGCCACAUUGACUGUGCUAUGUUCUACGGAAAUGAAGCAGAAGUUGGUGCAGCAAUAGCAGCAUCCAUGAAGAAGCACAGCCUUAAGAGAGGAGACAUCUUUGUUACCUCAAAGCUUUGGUGUGACAAACAUGCUCCUGCGGAUGUUCGAAAGACGUGUGAACGCUCAAUCAAAGAUCUAGGUGUGGAGUAUUUGGAUCUUUACUUGAUCCAUUGGCCUGUUUCUUUCCAGCACAAGGAGGGUUAUAAUUUUGAUAUCCAUGAUCCAAACUGCAUUGUGUAUGAAUAUCACAAAAUUGAGGAUACAUGGAAGGCUAUGGAGGAGUUGGUUUCGGUUGGACUUGUCAAAUCGAUUGGUGUCUCAAACUUUAGUAUAGGUCAACUGGAUCGCAUUCUGGGAGUAUGCUCAAUUCCGCCAGCCGUGAAUCAGGUUGAAGUAAAUAUAAACUGGCUUAACACGAAACUGAUUGAAUUUUGCCAUUCUAAGAAUAUUCACGUUGAGGACUACGCACCUUUUGGUUCUCCUGGAUUUAUGAAAAGUAAAGAAAAAUCUAUUUUGGAGUAUGAGGACGUUGUUGAAAUUGCACGAAAACACAAUAAGACACCUGGACAGGUGCUUUUGCGCCACGGGCUUCAAAGGGGUCUCAUUGUUCUCACCAAAAGUGUCCAUCCGGAGCGUAUCAAAUCGAAUUUUGAUGUAAGGCUGAAGUGGAUAAUUUUUUUUGUCAAACUAUUUGGUCGAUCUAUCCCCAUCACUUGCAUUUUUAAUGAUUUUUGUCUGCUUUUCACGAAGGUGUUUGAUUUCGUGCUAACUGAUGCGGAAAUGGACAAACUUAACAAAGCUGGGUUGAAUAAGCGCCUUUUCGCAAUCCCAGCGUAA